CAAUCAGCACUCAGCAGUAAUACUCCUUUAAAGCUUCUGUGAAAUAAUGCUGUCUGUGUGAAGCAUAUCUUAGAAUCCCAAAGUUGAUUAUAUUAUGGUUAUCUAUAUCUUUAAAUUAUUCUUCCAUACAACGAAUUAUUCUGUGUCUAAUUGAUUCCUUUGGGACCGAUUUGAACAUUUAGUAUGAUACUGCUUAAUAUCUCGGUAUCUAGGAUAUUUGCUAUGUUCUAACUUAACUGAGCAGCUUAUCCUAUUUCACGAGCUCACAUCACAACCCCUUUUUGGAAAUAAUGUCAUUCUAAUGUAAAUCAUGUACAGCCAUAUUCACCAGUGCUUCAGAUUUAUGUAAUAGCCUGACAUUUAAAUAUUUCGAACACUUUUCAAAAUAUUUGUCCAAGUACAUGAUUUAUGUGUUAUUGUUUUUAUCUGAAGUUGGGAGGUGCAUUUUAUGCAAUAGCUUGGGCUUGAUAUUUUUGAUUUCGCUGUUUAGUGUACAAUAAAUAUUAUUCCUAUUAUUAAUAUUACCUUGUGGUUUAUUGUCUGUGUAUAAAUAUGAUUUCUUCGUUCAACUUGGUGAAUCUUACAUUUCUUUCGACCUGUAAGAAUAUGUCGAGUUUCUAUAUUUUAUUAAAUUUUCUGCUAAUUGUUGUUUUAUUGUGUUUUCGCAUACUCUUUAGAUUAUUGAUACAUGACAUUUUUUGAAAAUCAUUGACAAUGUCAAAGUUGAAAAAAAUUGUUGAAGAAGCGAAAGAGUCAAGAUGUCGAGAAGUUGAUCUCAGUGAUAAAGGGAUUCAAAAUGUGAAUGAAGUUCCCGGGCUAAUGAUGCUGGACCAUUUGACACAGUUAACGAUGAGUCACAACAAAUUAACUGCAGUUCCACCAAGUAUCGGAGAACUUGCAAAUUUGUCUAUUUUAAAUCUAUUCAACAAUUUGAUUGAGGAAUUACCCACAUCACUCAGUGGAAUGCAGCAAUUAAAGCAUUUGAAUUUAGGAAUGAACAGGUUAUACCAUCUACCAAGAGGAUUUGGUUCCUUUCCGAAGCUUGAAAUUCUGGAUCUGUCAUACAACAAUCUUACAGAACAAUCGCUUCCAGCAAACUUCUUUUUUAUGACGUCAUUACGUGGUUUAUACCUUGCUGACAAUGAGUUUGAAACAUUUCCAUCAGAAGUUACUAAGCUCAAAAAUCUGCAAAUACUCAGUCUGAGAGACAAUGAUUUAGUUUCACUGCCAAAAGAGAUAGGUGAUUUAUCAAAACUAAGAGAACUUCAUGUUCAGGGCAAUCGUUUGACUGUUCUACCACCUGAAAUAGGUCGACUUGAUCUAACUGGAUCAAAAGGUGUAUUCAAGGUGGAUCGUAACCCUUGGGUUCAACCUAUCAAAGAUCAAUUUCAACUUGGAAUCAAUCAUGUUUUCGAUUAUAUCAAAUCUGAAACUUAUGAAUAUUUAUAUGGUCGACAUAUGUCAGCUAAUCCUGCUCCUCCGCCGAAGAAAGCUGAUAAAUCGAAAAAGACUAGCAGAAAACCUCUCCAGCACAAGAAUAAGUGAAUGUAUCCUUGUCUAAGAUCAACUCUAACUUGCCGCAAACAUCAUAUGCUCAACACUUCUGCUGAAUACUUAUAUUUGCUUGUAUACGGAAAGCUGGCUGAAAGAACUACAUCAGAGAGCAUUGAACUACUGUACAUCGUCAUUAUGUAACAACAAAUUACUCUUGACAAAGAAUCAGUGGUUGGGUGUUAUGAACAUGAUGCUGAUGGCUAAUAUGUUACAUGUAUCAGGACCUAGGACUGGAUUUUAGCUAACAAUUUGGUUCGGUUAUUUAGCAGACUAUGCUCAUGCAUUCAAUCACUUUAUCAUUAAUCUCUAUAUUCACUUUAUCAUCGAUGUCUAGGGUCGAAGUAAAUUUUCAUCUAUUUGAAUCGUUCAUCCAGAUUAAUGUCUAUUUCGCAUUAAAUACUGACUGCUAUAUUAGAGUGAAAAAUUGGUUACCCAGAUUAAUGUCUAUUUCGCAUUAAAUACUGACUGCUAUAUUAGAGUGAAAAAUUGGUUACAAGUCUUUUAUAAUUUUUCAUGUUGUUUACUUGGAAGCAAGUCCUCCGUUAGAAUUCAUCUUCAACUUCCAUUUUUCAGUGCUGGAAUUACUGACCAAUGAGAAAACAAUUUUCUGUUAUAGACUUUAUCUGCAUUCAGUGUUUGAGGUUUUACAAGUUUUGAAAUACUCCCAGCCGAUUUUUUGUCUUGAGGAAUUUUCUUCAAAUAUCGAUCAGUAACCUUGAGCACUUCUGCAGCUGCCUGUAAUCAUAAUUCAAAAAUAUGUAAAUAGCUAUUUUUGAUUCAACGUUUUUAUACAUAGUAUUAUUUUAUAUCGCUAAGUGCAUUUAAAAAUUAUAAUGUCAUGUACAUGGAAAACUA